AUGGCGGGCGCGGCAGACUGCCUGCAAAACCCCAGCGACGAGCGUAUCGCAUUCAAAGUCAAGACCACCGCGCCGCAGAGCUACUCGGUGAAGCCCGCUGCCAGGGUGCUGGAGCCGGGGGCCACCUGCCAGCUGGCGGUCACCAUGGCGGCGCUGAGCCCAAAGAAGCUGCCCGAGAGCGUCGCAGAGUGCAAGGACCGAUUCUUGGUGGAGGCGAUGGUGGUGGGGCGGGAGGUGACUGAGGCAACCUCCCUGCUGUUCAAGGCCAACCCCAAGGCCGUCAGGCAAGCGCCGCCAGUGCUGCGGCAGCCCGAUUAA